AUGAAGCUCUCUAUUGCUAGUGCUGCCGCUCUCUUCGCGUCGCUGACCCUUGGUGCGGCCAACUACCUCGAUUACAAGGGUGCAGUCCUUGGCCAGGUCAUCAAGGAGGGUGUCGAGCUUCGCAUUCUCCCCAUUGGCGACUCCAUCACUGUGGGCUGGCCCAGCCUUGACAGGAAUGGAUACAGACUGAGGCUGAAAGAGCUUCUAUCUGCUAAUAAGGUUGUUUUUGCCGGCACAACGUCAUCUGGUAAUAUGAGUGACCCUUAUUAUUCGGGUUGGGUUGGAAUGACGAUCAAAUACAUGACCGACAACAUUUAUCCCGCGCUAAAACAGCGCCCAAAUAUCAUCCUUAUCCACGCCGGAACCAACGACAUGAACCCUAGGCCAGGAAUUUCUCAAGAAGGCCAUGAACCUGCUGGUGCGGCGAUAAGACUCGGCAAUCUCAUCGACAAGAUAGUUGCCAUCUGCCCAGAUGCCACUGUCCUUGUGGCACAAAUUGUUAAUACUUGCGAUCCUGAUCAGCGGCCACAAACGAUGCAAUUUCAGAAGCUCAUCCCCGGUGUAGUUGAAAAGAGAAGGAAAGCCGGCCGCCGUGUUCUGGCUGUCAACUUUGCGACUCUGGGCGACAGCAUCUUAUAUCGUGAUUGCAUCCACCCGUCGACCAAAGGGUAUCAUCGCAUGGCAGAUUACUGGUACGACUUCAUCACACAAAUACCGAAAGAGUGGAUAUCAGCACCUGUUGGACCCGAUCCUGUUAGGUCAAAUGGUGACCAGAAUAUCUAA